AAAAGUAAAAACAAAAACAAUAGCUCUGUAGCCAUUACGCGAAGAGUUCGAUCUCCAGAGCAAAAUUUCUCCUCUUCCAUCGGCUAGGGUUUCUGCCGUCGCCGCCUCCAUUGUCGUUGCUCCCAGCCUUAGCUCCGCGUUGGGAUGGGGAAAGAUGAAGAGGAAAUGCGGGGAGAGAUCGAAGAACGUCUGGUCAAUGAAGAGUAUAAGAUCUGGAAGAAGAAUACUCCCUUCCUCUAUGACCUCGUCAUCACUCACGCUCUUGAAUGGCCUUCCCUUACGGUGGAGUGGCUUCCUGACCGUGAGGAGCCGCCCGGAAAGGACUUCUCGGUCCAGAAGAUGAUUCUUGGUACCCAUACCUCCGAGAACGAGCCCAACUACUUGAUGCUUGCCCAGGUUCAGCUUCCCCUUGACGACACCGAGAGUGACCCCCGCCAAUACGACGAUGACCGCUCUGAAUUUGGCGGCUUCGGCUGUGCCACUGGCAAGGUGCAAAUUAUCCAGCAAAUUAAUCACGAGGGCGAAGUCAACCGUGCUCGUUACAUGCCCCAAAAUCCGUUCAUCAUCGCCACCAAGACAGUGAAUGCCGAAGUUUAUGUUUUCGACUACAGCAAACACCCUUCUAAACCUCCUCUGGAUGGAGCCUGCAAUCCUGAUUUGAGACUGAGGGGUCACAGCUCUGAGGGGUAUGGCCUGUCCUGGAGUAAGUUCAAGCAAGGCCAUUUGCUUAGCGGUUCCGACGAUGCUCAAAUUUGUGUUUGGGAUAUCAAUGCCACUCCCAAAAACAAGGCUCUUGAUGCUCUUCAUAUCUUUAAGGCUCAUGAAGGUGUAGUUGAAGAUGUAGCAUGGCAUCUGAGACAUGAGUACUUGUUCGGUUCUGUCGGAGAUGACCAAUACCUUCUUGUAUGGGAUUUGCGUUCUCCAUCUCCCAGUAAGCCUGUUCAAUCUGUGGUUGCUCACUCAAUGGAGGUUAACUGCUUGGCCUUCAACCCGUUUAAUGAAUGGGUCGUGGCAACUGGGUCGACUGACAAGACUGUAAAGUUGUUCGAUCUGCGAAAACUCAGUAGCGCCCUUCACACGUUCGAUAGUCACAAAGAGGAGGUGUUCCAAGUCGGAUGGAACCCAAAGAACGAGACCAUCUUAGCCUCGUGUUGCCUUGGAAGACGGCUCAUGGUUUGGGACCUUAGCAGGAUUGAUGAGGAACAGACGCCAGAGGACGCGGAAGAUGGCCCGCCAGAGCUGCUGUUUAUCCACGGCGGCCAUACGAGCAAAAUAUCGGAUUUCUCGUGGAACCCUUGUGAGGAUUGGGUUAUCGCCAGCGUGGCUGAGGACAACAUCCUCCAGAUAUGGCAGAUGGCUGAGAAUAUCUAUCACGACGAAGAUGAUGCGCCGGGCGAGGAGCCGAAUAAAAGCAACAUGAACUGAAGAGAUCAUUAAACAUUGACAUAGAGACAAUGGGGAUUGCUCAGCAGAUUCCAUCCAUACCAAGCAAACCAGGUUUGUGAUUUCUGUGACUUCAUCUCGAAAUCUUUUUUUUUUUUGUAAAUCCUUUAGAUGUGAAAAACUGGUGUAUGUAGUAUUUUAUGGUUUUUGGAGUUUUUUUACCAAGUGGUUGUGACAUAAAGGGUAUUGGCAUGUGCAGUGGGCUUAUUGCCGUUGUAGCCCCGACAGGCCCUGGUUUUGUGAUGGAGAAAGCCUCGGGUUAGGGUUUUGAGUGGGGGUGUUAAUUCGGGUUUCGGUUCGGUUAUUUCAACAUCAAUAUCGCCUUAAUCUCAAGUUUAUUUGGGAUCGACCAUAUCAA